UGGUUGUUUGGUACAAAUAUCAGUUGCCCUGUGGUUCAUUAAGUGUAGUUAAUUAAUCUGCCUGCUGCUUUGGUGAUGGCUUUUCUGUUUGUCAGACACUGGUUUCUUGCCUUCAUGAGGCUGAUGCUUGGAUUAUGGGACCUGAAUAUGGGCUUUGUUCAUCAUUAAACUUGUGUCUUUACUGUGUAUUUAUUUCAUAAAGAUGUUAUGGGGUGAGUACUCACUCUGCUGGGAAAUAGGAGAGUACUUCUUGAGUAAAAAAUAUGCCUCCCAAGUUCAAGCGCCACCUAAAUGAUGAUGAUGUCACUGGUUCUGUGAAAAGUGAAAGGAGAAAUCUUUUGGAAGAUGAUUCAGAUGAAGAAGAGGACUUUUUUCUAAGGGGACCAUCUGGACCAAGAUUUGGACCUAGAAAUGAUAAAAUUAAGCAUGUUCAGAAUCAGGUGGAUGAAGUUAUUGAUGUCAUGCAAGAAAAUAUUACAAAGGUAAUUGAAAGAGGGGAGAGACUAGAUGAACUACAGGACAAAUCAGAAAGCUUAUCGGAUAAUGCAACUGCUUUUAGCAACAGAUCCAAACAACUUCGAAGGCAAAUGUGGUGGCGUGGAUGCAAAAUAAAAGCCAUCAUGGCUUUGGUUGCUGUUAUCCUUUUGUUAGUGAUUAUCAUUCUUAUAGUUGUGAAAUACCGUACUUGAUUUGAUGACAGAGAUCUUCAUUAAACAAAAUCUGGGACAAUAAUAAUAAAAGAUUGCUGCAUAAUUUAAAUGAAACCUAUGUAUAUAACUUUCAAAACUUCUUUUUUCAAGCAACUGAGGCAAGUAUCACUUCAAAUUGGAACACUGAGAAUGUCCAAUUAUCUUCUUCCCUUCUAACAAAAUGUGCUUUUAAUAAUUAUGUUUAAGGCAAAGAUAACCAGCCUCUAUUUUGCCAUAUUCCAAGGAUCUAAUUUGAAACUAGAUACUUGCCUGUUCAUUAUUUGUGUAUAUAGUUAAGCACUGAUAACGAUAUUUCCUACUGUUGUUUUAGUGGCAUAAGGACUUGCGUUGUUGCGUCAAGGUGGGGGUCGGGCGGGUGGUCAGGAAGCCUGUGUAGAGCGCCACCAAAUCGUUAUGUUUAAAGAGAUGCAUAACCAUUCCGUCAGUAUUUGCAAGAUUCUUCUCACAUUACAAUUGCUUUGCAAGCAAUUUCCACAUGUUUAUGGGUUUAACAAAAACUAAAUGUUGGAAAUGUUGCUGCCUUCAGCUAUAACUGAAAACAUUCCAGUAAACCUAUUUUUGACUGUAUAAGGGAAUGUGUAGUAAUUUUUAGGCAUUUGGAUUAUGGAAAUGGGGAAUUUAAACAGUGUGAAAAGCAUAGUAUGACACCAUAAAACUGGAGAUAAUAAAAUUAUUGGAGAAUGUCAUUGGAGUGUUUGAAAAUGACCAACAUAUAGCUACAAGUCAUGGUCCAGUCUGUUUUCAGUUAGCCUCCAAAAAGAGGGACCAGUCCUAAUGGGAGUAAAUGAAAUCCACAGGUAACCAUUCCCUAACUUUAUUUUCAUUAACAGCUUUCCUCUUUAACUUCAACUAGCCCUUUUACCAGAAAUGCUAGAAGUAGCAAAAUCAUCUGCUUAGAAUUUGCUGUUUUUGCAUUCCCUGAUCAUCCCCUGGGAGAUGCAUGUUGUACAAUCAAGUAUCAAAUUAGCCAACAAUGAGUAUAAAAACUCAGGAGCCUAGGUAAUCAUCAGUCAGUCAGUAACGAAAUGCUAGGGUCACCAUUAACGUCCGUCUGUUUUUAUAACAAAAUGUGUUGAUAACUUUAAAAUGCGCCAACCUCCUCAUGUUGUUUAAACAAGUCAGAGUGAAAAUACAGUCUUCUAAUGUAUGUGAGGAGGAAGCUUUACAAUAAAAUUGGAGGUUCUACAGAAACUUGUGCACAUGGACAUUUUAGCAAUAUAUGUAUAUUACUCUAAAUUUGAGAUAGGGUUAAUAGAAAAUACCAGUAUUUAAAUAGGAAAAAAAAAGAUUCUGUAUAGGUUUUAUUUCUU